CUGUGUGCCGGGUGCGGCCGUGCCUGGUCAGGACGGGGACAGGCACCGGGACAGGUCCGGGGCCCGAGCGGCCCCUCCCUUCCUCCUGCGCGGCUGGGCCGGCCCGGACAAGUGGGGGAACCCGUUUGUCCGGUCUGACGGCGGCUGCCGCGGGGACACCGGGCGGGAGCGGGGCGGUCGCUGGCGGGAGAGGGCCCUGAGAGAGCGAGCGAGCGAGCGGCGGGACCCGCGCCCACAGAGAUGUGCCUCAGCUGAUCGUCAGACUUGCCACCGAAGCUCCUCAGGCUGGACCGCCGGGUGAAAGGGAGGAUAAAGCUUUGCAGGGAGAUGGAGCCUAAUUUAAAGUUGGACACAGGGGACCCUUGAGCUGCAGCACACACCUGGGGAGCCUCUUGGGUCAGUCACAAGCUGCUUUGGAGAAAGGACACCAGCAGGAUGAUCUCAGAAAGGGAUUCAGAGACCACCUUGGAUGAGGACUCCCAGCCCAACGAUGAAGUGAUGCCGUACAGUGACGAUGAGACGGAGGACGAGCUGGAGAAUCAUCAGCCUGGGGCUGAGCCAGGACACAGCCCCAGCAGCAGAGGCACCCACGAGGGAAGGGAGACUCUGAGGAGAGACUGCAGCUGGCAAGUUAAAGCCAAUGAUGAACGCUUCUACGAGCAGCCCCAGUUUAAGAGAACAGUUUUUCUGUGUUUCAAAAGAAGCAAAUAUGCAGGAAAUGCAAUCAAGACGUACAAGUACAACCCUAUCACUUUUUUACCACUGAAUCUGUUUGAGCAGUUUAAAAGAGCAGCCAACUUCUAUUUCCUCGUUCUACUUAUUCUGCAGUCAAUUCCCCAGAUAACAACCCUGUCAUGGUACACAACACUGGUGCCCUUACUCCUGGUGCUGGGAAUCACUGCAGUCAAAGACCUAGUGGAUGACAUUGCUCGUCACAGGAUGGACAAUGAGGUUAAUAACAGGACGUGUGAGGUCAUCAGGGAUGGAAGGUUCAAGAACACAAAAUGGAAAGAUAUUAAAGUUGGUGAUAUAAUUCGUCUGAAGAAAAAUGCUUUUGUUCCUGCUGAUAUUUUGCUGCUAUCCAGCUCAGAACCAAACAGUCUUUGCUAUGUAGAGACAGCUGAACUGGAUGGUGAGACCAACUUAAAAUUCAAAAUGGCCCUGGAGGUAACGCACAGACACCUUCAAGAAGAGAGGGCGAUGGCAGACUUUAAUGGUAUGAUUGAGUGUGAAGAGCCUAAUAACAGACUGGAUAAGUUUGCAGGAACAUUGUUCUGGAGAAACACAGGUUAUCCACUGGAUACUGAUAAGAUUUUAUUACGUGGGUGUAAAAUCAGGAAUACAGAUUUCUGCCAUGGAGUGGUCAUAUUUGCAGGUGCUGAUACAAAAAUAAUGAAGAAUAGUGGGAAGACAAGAUUUAAAAGGACAAAAAUCGACUCCCUUAUGAAUUACAUGGUCUACACUAUUUUUGUUGUCCUGAUCCUGCUGUCAGCUGGCCUGGCCAUCGGGCACACUUACUGGGAGCAGCAGAUUGGCAACUCCUCCUGGUACCUCUACGAUGCACAGGACUUCAGUCCUCCCUACAGAGGCUUCCUCAACUUUUGGGGAUACGUCAUUGUUCUGAACACCAUGGUUCCCAUCUCCCUCUAUGUGAGUGUGGAAGUGAUUCGUUUGGGCCAAAGCUAUUUUAUAAACUGGGACCUGCAGAUGUAUUACCCUGAGAAGGACACGGCUGCCAAGGCCAGGACCACCACACUGAACGAGCAGCUGGGGCAGAUCCAGUACAUCUUCUCUGACAAGACAGGAACCCUUACACAGAACAUCAUGACCUUUAAAAAAUGUUGCAUAAACGGCCAAAGAUAUGGAGACUGUCGGGAUGGAGCAGGGCAGCUUCAGAGCCACCCUGAGCAGGUGGAUUUCAGCUGGAACAUGUACGCAGAUGGAAAGUUCUUGUUCUACGAUCACUAUCUGAUAGAGCAAAUAAAAGCUGGAAAGGAGCCAGAAAUUCAAAAGUUCUUCUUUCUGCUUGCCAUUUGUCACACAGUCAUGGUUGACACUUCUGAAGGUCAGCUCUAUUACCAAGCAGCUUCCCCAGAUGAAGGGGCCCUGGUGACAGCAGCCAGAAACUUUGGCUAUGUUUUCCUGUCACGGACACAGAAUACCAUCACCAUAAGUGAAAUGGGGAUUGAAAGAACUUAUGAUGUCCUUGCCAUCUUGGAUUUCAACAGCGACAGGAAGCGGAUGUCUGUCAUUGUAAGAGAAUCAGGUGGAAAUAUAAGGCUAUAUUGCAAGGGAGCUGACACAGUAAUUUAUGAACGGUUGCACCCGAGGAAUCCAAAGAGAGAAGCUACAGAAGAAGCACUAGAUAUUUUUGCAAAUGAAACUCUUAGGACACUCUGCCUGUGCUAUAGAGACAUCAGUCAUGAUGAGUUUGAAGAAUGGAAUAAAAAGUUUGUGGAGGCCAGUAUAGCUACAACCAGUCGUGAUGAAGCUCUGGACAAAGUAUAUGAGGAAAUAGAAAAAAACUUGAUUCUGCUGGGAGCCACAGCUAUUGAAGACAAGCUACAGGAUGGUGUUCCAGAAACCAUCUCCAGACUUUCAAAAGCAGACAUUAAAAUCUGGGUGCUUACUGGUGACAAAAAGGAAACUGCUGAAAAUAUUGGUUUUUCGUGUGAACUCUUAACAGAUGAAACAACAAUCUGCUAUGGAGAAGAUAUCAGUGCUCUUCUUCAAACUCGUCUGGAAAACCAGAGGAACAGAGCAGGAUCCAGUCCCCAUUCCUCUCUGAGGAUGAACGAGCCCUUCUUCCAGGGCAGUAGAGAUCGUGCUUUAAUAAUCACUGGCUCCUGGCUGAAUGAAAUCCUGCAAGAGAAGAAAAAGAAGAAGAAACUUAAACUGAAAUUCCCCAGAACAGCAGAAGAGGAAAAAAGGCAAAGUGAGAAGAGAAGAAGGGCUGAAGCUUACAAAGAACAGCAGCAGCAGAACUUUGUGGAUCUGGCCUGUGAAUGCAGGGCUGUGAUCUGCUGCAGAGUGACCCCGAAACAGAAAGCCAUGGUGGUCGAGCUGGUGAAGAAGUAUAAGAAAGCCAUUACCCUGGCUAUUGGGGAUGGUGCCAAUGAUGUGAACAUGAUUAAAACUGCCCACAUUGGAGUUGGAAUCAGUGGCCAAGAAGGGAUGCAAGCUGUCAUGUCCAGUGAUUACUCUUUUGGGCAGUUCCGCUACCUCCAGAGGCUGCUGCUGGUCCACGGGCGAUGGUCUUACAUCAGGAUGUGCAAGUUUUUAAGAUACUUUUUCUACAAAAACUUUGCUUUUACACUAGUCCACAUCUGGUAUUCGUUCUUCAAUGGCUUUUCUGCCCAGACAGCCUAUGAAGACUGGUUCAUCACACUGUACAACGUCCUGUACUCCAGUCUCCCAGUUCUGCUGGUUGGCUUGCUUGACCAGGACGUGAGUGACAAACUGAGUCUUCGCUUCCCUAGACUGUAUAUUUUGGGACAGAAAGAUUUACUUUUUAACUACAAGAAAUUCUUUAUCAGUUUGCUUCAUGGAGCUAUCACUUCACUGAUAAUAUUCUUCAUACCAUAUGGAGCUUACCUUAAAACUAUGGGACAAGAUGGAGAAGCACCUUCAGAUUACCAGUCAUUUGCUGUCACAGCUGCAUCUUCUCUUAUAUUUGUUGUCAAUUUUCAGAUUGGCUUGGAUACAUCUUACUGGACUUUUGUAAAUGCUUUUUCAGUAUUUGGGAGUAUUGCACUUUACUUUGGUAUCACAUUUGACUUACACAGUGCAGGAAUCCAUGUGCUCUUUCCUUCUGGCUUUCAGUUCACAGGAGCUGCUCCAAAUGCUCUGAGGCAACCAUACCUCUGGCUGACCAUGAUUCUGUCUAUUGCUAUUUGCUUGCUUCCUGUAGUGGCACAGCGUUUCUUAUCGACUGCCGUUUGGCCUUCAGAAAGUGACAGGAUCCAGAGGAACCGCAGGCAGUACCUGGCGGAGGAGCAGCAGUGGAAGCGGCGGCAGAGCGCGUUCCGCCGCGGAGUCUCCGCACGCCGCUCCGCCUACGCCUUCUCCCACCAGCGCGGCUACGCCGACCUCAUCGCCUCCGGGCGCAGCAUCCGCAAGAAGAGAGCUCCGCUGGAUGCAGUCCUGGGAAACAGCCUGGCCCAGCUCACAGAUGCUCGGGAAACCAGCUGAUGGGCUGCCUUUGGGGGAGGAGAUUUUCAUCCCAGUGCUUGCACACACAGAGGAAUUGUAUUUUUUCUUUUAAACAAACUCAGGAUUUUUUUUUAACCAGAUGGCAUCAGGAUGUGAAGAUUUCUGUUUUAUCACAGAACGUACUGGUUUUGGACUACUGGAAGCAUAGAAAGGUCUCCGUGGAGCUACCAAUCCUCAAGCAACUGAGUUGUGUUUAGUGUGCACAUGAAGGAUCCAUGUGCAGGGCACACAACCCCUGCCUUGCAGUUAUUUGGGGGUUUUAGUGAUGCCUGGAAUUGCAAACUUUUUCACAUUUUAAUAAUGUGUUGGUAUAAAACUGCAGCUACAUUUCAUGUUUUGUCUCCAAAAGCAAACUGCUGAGCAGCAGCUGACUUGUGACACUGCACUGCCAGGGCAGCAAAGAGGUGACCAGACUUUGGAGAGUGUUCCCACCCGGCCGAGAUUCUCUGGGAAUAUCUGGUGAUGAACUGGAGCCAGUGUCUGGUUUUAUGAGGAGUUCUGACACGGACAGGAUGCUUUCUGCUCCUCUCUCCUCCUGCAGCAGCAGCUGGCUGCACUGAUCCAGAGGUGGCUCCGAACCUGCCUUCCUUCCACAGCCACCCCCUCCUUGCUCCCGGAAUAAAGAGAUCC